AUGCAAGAUUUCGGAGCCCUCCUGGCUACCCUGAGUGCAGAAAAGCGCACAUAUACACGCACAUACAAGCGCACAAAAAGAGUCGCAGGGCAGGGGAUCACCGGUAUUCCAUCUCCACUGAAAGUGGUGCGCUAUAUCAUGUUGUCUUACAGCGCAGCCACGCAAAACUACCCUGGAAUAUUACCGACAGGUGAGAAUACAAAGUGCCCUAAAAAUGUGGGAAUGAAGGACAAUCUAAGGACCAAAUUUUUGGACAUGCACAACUACAGAAGAGGCCUCCUUGCACAAGGUCAAGUUCAAAAAAAUACAGGCAAUCUCUUACCAACAGGUGCCAACAUUCUGAAAAUGGAGUACGACUGUACCCUGGAAAAGAAGGCUAUCGAAGAAGUACGAAAUUGUCCCACUUCGAAAAAAGGAUAUGGCAAAAACUUUAUAACAGUUUCCAUAAAUGGUCUCACUUGGUUGGAGGGGGUAAAUCAGGUUGUCACGUCUUGGUGGAAGGUUGUUCGUCAGUAUCCGGGCCCAGGAAUGGAAGUUACUUUCCGCCAGAAUCAUGUUAACCAACCGAUAGAAUCAUUCACUCAGAUGGGUUGGGCAACGAGCAAAAAACUUGGAUGUGCCAUUGCAAAAUGCUCGAAUCAUUACACUGCCAUAUGCAAUUAUGACCCAAGAGGAAACUAUGUGGAGCAGGUAAUCUAUCAGAAAGGCUCCCCGUGCAAGGCAUGCCCCACGCAAUGUGACGGUCAAGGUGGCGUAAUAGAAGCCAGUGAUACCGCUGCUGUAAUCACAUCGCUGACCAAUACCCGAACUGAGCUGACGAAGGGUACAUUGAUGGAUAAAGCGGGAAAAAAUCUUCCAGCGGCAGAUGCAAGUAAAAUGCAAACCAUCACAUGGGACUGUGGUUUGGAGACGACUGCUAUAGCUGCAUUGCCGGAUGUAUCUCCAUGCACACUCACGGCCGUAGCUGGAAAAGCAGUUUUGUACGCCCAAGGUCCUAAUGGACUUGAAGAUACGAUGAAUGGAUGGCUUAAAUCCGCUCAAGUCACUAGUGCUUAUAAACAAGGCACCACCAACUACGAAGACAAUAACGACAAAAGUUGGGAAAUUUUUGCAAACCUAAUGCAAGCUGGCAUAACAAAAAUCGGAUGUGCAGUAUGUAACGGCGGCACCGGCACGUACGAUGUAUAUUGCAUUACAGAUCAAACAGGCAUCCUUGCACAAGGUCAAGUUCAUAAAAAUACAGGCAAUCUCUUACCAACAGGUGCCAACAUUCUGAAAAUGGAGUACGACUGUACCCUGGAAAAGAAGGCUAUCGAAGAAGUACGAAAUUGUCCCACUUCGAAAAAAGGAUAUGGCAAAAACUUUAUAACAGUUUCCAUAGAUGGUCUCAGUUGGUUGGAGGGGGUCAAUAAGGUUGUUACGUCUUGGUGGAAGGUUGUUCGUCAUUAUCCGGGCCCAGGAAUGGAAGUUACUUUCCGCCAAAAUCAUGUUAACCAACCAAUAGAAUCUUUCACACAGAUGGCUUGGGCAACGAGCAGAAAACUCGGAUGUGCCAUUGCGAAGUGCUCGAAUCAUUACACCGCCAUAUGCAAUUAUGACCCAAGAGGAAACUAUGUGGAGCAGCUGAUCUACCAGAAAGGCACCCCGUGCAAGGCAUGCCCUAGUGGAUGGAAAUGCGAGAGCACUUCUAAACUCUGCAUGCCAUAG